ACCACCAGGAGGAAUAUCUUCAUAAACAACAAAGCACAGAGACAUCCAUACAGCUCUUCUGCAUAAAGUUUUUUCUCUCAAUUGCGAGUAUAGACAUAUCAGAGCUCUUCAAUGGCGAAUAUCUCUGGAAGAAGUCCUUACACCCUUUGCAUAUUAUGUGUCAUUCUUCUUCUUGUACUGACCACUGCAAUGGCAACCCGCCCACUUAAAACAGAUUUGCUCCACAGAGGAUCUGCUCAAACCAGUACAGAAGACAACUUGCAGGAAUCUUUUCAACAGGGUGCUCUUAAAGCUGACCUGUUGGAGGAGAGCACAGAGGAAUUAAGCUGUGAAGGUCUAGAGGAAGAAGAAUGUCUGAACCGUCGCUCUCUGGCUGCUCACACUGAUUACAUCUAUACACAGCACCACAAACACCCAUAGAAUCAGCAGCUAUAGUUAUAAUUAAGCUUCUUCUGUAAUUUCUCAUUAACAUGGCUCCAAAGUUUGUAAUGCAUACUCCUUUUAGGAGUCCUAUUCAUGUGACCAUUGUAUUAUUAUUCUCACCUACCCCACUUACAACCUUUGGAAAUCAUUAAAAUGACCAACCAAAUAGAAAUGAGUAAUAUAUAGUUUUAGUAUUAUUGUUAAGCUCUGUACUUGUACACCUCAUGAAAAAGGCUCAAGCCUAUGGAAGCUUCCUAGAAGGCUGCUAUUCUGCUGUCCUUUGUAAUUACUAUACUCACAUACAUAGCAACUCCCAUCCUUGUGUGAAAUGCUUUAAGAUUCAAAUAAAUAGGCAUAUAUAUUUUUAUGUUA